UCCGUAGCUGUAACUCCAACGCUAUCCGUAGGUCAAAAACUACCAUAUCGCUGGAAAUUCAGCCGGAUUCCCAAGAGAAAUAGUUCUCGGGCACUAAAAAAAUAUGGCAGAGGACUUUGAUCUGACGAAUGCUUUGGCAUCCGUGCCAAUUGAUGGAUUUUCUGUCGCGCAACCUGCUGAACAUGCAAAAACAAACGAUGUCGAGGUUAACGAUGAAGAAGAAGAGAAAUUCAUUGCCUCAAAGAUUUUUGAAGUAAAUCGUAAAACAAAAGGAAAAAAGCUUUCCGGAAAGGCUACCAAUUUCCAAUCAAUGGGCCUCAGCACUACUAUGUUACGUGCCAUUACGAAAAAGGGUUUCAAGGCACCAACUCCUAUCCAAAGAAAAACUAUCCCGUUUGUGUUAGAUGGAAGAGAUGUCGUUGGUAUGGCUCGUACCGGAUCCGGCAAGACCGCUGCUUUCGUUAUUCCUAUGAUCGAAAAACUAAAGGCUUCCCGUGCUCAAUCCGGGUCCCGUGCAAUUAUUCUUUCUCCAAGUCGUGAACUUGCGCUGCAAACCAUGAAAGUCGUAAAGGACUUUUCAAAAGACACCAACCUUCGUACAGCAGUAAUCGUUGGUGGUGAGGGCUUGGAAGAACAAUUUAGUAUACUUACAAACAAGCCUGAUAUCAUUGUGGCUACUCCCGGUCGUUUCUUGCAUUUAAAAGUCGAAAUGAAAUUGGAGCUUGGUUCUAUCGAAUAUGUUGUGUUCGAUGAGGCUGAUCGACUUUUUGAGAUGGGUUUUGCUGCGCAAUUAACAGAGAUUCUUCAUGGUCUUCCUUCUUCUCGACAGACGCUCUUAUUUUCGGCCACGUUACCAAAGAACUUGGUAGAGUUUGCCAAGGCCGGACUUCAGGAACCUAUUUUGGUUCGUCUCGACGUUGAAUCAAAGGUCUCCUCUGAUUUGCAAAGUGCUUUUUUCUCCGUGAAAACAGCAGAGCGGGAAGCCGCCUUGCUUUACGUUUUGCAAGAAGUAAUUCAUUUGCGUUUACAGGAAGAAUUGAAACCAGCCGAAUUGCCAUCUCAAGCUGAGAAUCCUAAGAAGAGAAAAAGACUGCUGGAGCAUACCCUGAAAAAGCCAGAAACUGCUGCGAGCGAUUCCACUAUUGUUUUCGUUCCCACCAAGCAUCAUGUUGAGUACAUUACAGAAAUGCUUAAACAAGCGGGUUACGGUGUUUCUCGUAUCUAUGGUUCCCUGGAUCAAACGGCCAGAAAAAAUGAGAUCACCAAUUUCCGUCUCGGUGUUAGCAACGUUUUGGUAGUAACAGAUGUUGCUGCUCGUGGUAUUGAUAUACCUUUACUUUCCAAUGUCGUUAACUAUGAUUUCCCUGCCCAACCUAAAAUCUUUGUCCACAGAGUUGGACGUACUGCUCGUGCUGGACGCACUGGUUGGGCAUACACUUUUGUACGUGCAGAGGAUGCCGGCUAUUUACUGGACUUAAAGCUGUUUUUGAACAGAGAUCUGGUUACCGCUGAAGUGGCCGCGUCACGUGAAGAAUGUGAUUUCACCAAAGAACUCGUACUUGGAUCUCUUCCGUCUGAGUAUGUUUCCAACAUGCAGGAAUGGUAUGAAUCCCUUAUUUCGAAGAAUGUGGAACUCGCACAAUUAUGCAAGGUCGCCGCAAAAGGUGAAAAGCUUUAUAUAAGAACAAGAACGGCUUCUAGUGCCGAAAGCGCUAAGCGAGCAAAGGAGCUAGUUGGUUCGAGUGGUUGGUCUUCCAUCAAUCCUCUUCUGAAGGACAAGGUUGAUGACGCUGAUGAAGCGCGUGCUCUUUUAUUAGCCAAGGUUUCCUCCUUCCGACCAUCGGAAACUGUCUUCGAAUUGAAGCAACAUGGUCACUUGCGUACUGAGGCCGCUGAAAUUAUGAGGAAGCGUCGGGAAAAGUUUACGCCAAGAGCAAAUACCAUGACCUCAAAAGUGUUUGCUACCGAUAGAAAGCUCAAAAAACAACAGGAAGUUUCUGAGUCAGAAGUCGAAGCUGUCUUUACUGAUUCAAAGUCACUUAAUAUUUCCAACUCUUCUAAAAAACAAAAAGAUUUCCGUGAUAAAGAGUAUUACAUGUCACAUUACGCUCCCGCUGAGCAUGUUCAAGAGUCUGGCUACGCUGUCAACCCAGGCAAAGAAGAGAAUUUUGCUGCCGCUGCUCGCAGUGCUGUACUUGACUUGACCACUGAUGAAGGUGUUGACCAGUCCCGCCGCGGUGGUCAGAGAUGGGACAGCAAAAAGAAAAAGUUUGUUAAUAUCGUUAACGAUGAAGAUGGUUCUCGUGGAGUACCUAAAAUUAUCCGUGGUGAAAGUGGUGUCAAACUUCCAGCUACAUAUAGAAGUGGUCGCUUUGAUGCCUGGAAAGCAUCUCAUGGUGAUGCAGCUUCAACAGAAACAAAAGGCACAAAUUCCAGUGGCAAACGGUUUGUUCAUAAGUCAGUUAAGGCACCAAAGAUGCCAGACAAGUAUCGUGAUGACUAUGAAGUUCGUAAGAAACGUGUCAAAGAAGCCAAAGAGAAGGGUAUCGGUGUCCACGUCAAAAGCGAACUUCGUACUGCUACUGAGAUUCGGAAACAGCAUGAACUUCAAGAAAAGCGGAAGGCAAAGAAUGCCCGUACUCCAAGAAAGUUUCGCAAACACCGUUAAAUGUGUUAGCUGUUGUACAUAUACUUUACUCUAUUUAUCUUUUUGGGGUAGACUUAAUAAAUCUAUGGUUCACAGUGAA